AUGGAAAGCGCAUCAGAGCUCGUUGAUUUUCCAUUAUUGUUAACACCAAUUCAGUCUCAUUACCGGGCUUGCACUAUUCCUUAUAGAUUCCCUUCUGAUAAUCCUCGAAAACCUACUCCUAACGAAAUCUCUUGGAUUAAUCUCUUCCUUAACUCCAUACCCUCUUUCAAGAAGCGUGCAGAGAGUGAUACUUCGGUCCCCGAUGCUGCAAGUAAAGCUGAAAAAUUUGCUCAAAGGUAUGCUGAUAUACUUGAAGAUUUCAAGAAAGAUCCCGAAAGUCAUGGUGGACCACCUGAUUGCAUUCUUCUAUGCAGACUUCGUGAGCUAAUACUCAGAGAAUUGGGGUUCAGUGAUAUCUUCAAAAAGGUUAAGGAUGAAGAAAAUGCAAAAGCCAUCUCCUUGUUUGAGAACGUUGUCAGUGUUAAUGACGCCAUUGAAGAUGAAGGCAAGCGAAUUGAGAAUCUAGUUAGGGGAAUUUUUGCAGGAAACAUAUUUGAUCUUGGCUCGGCGCAGCUUGCAGAGGUUUUCUCUAAAGAUGGAAUGUCUUUUUUGGCAAGUUGUCAAAAUCUUGUGCCUCGACCUUGGGUUAUUGAUGAUCUUGAUGCUUUCAAACUGAAAUGGAGCCAAAAGUCAUGGAAGAAGGUUAUUAUAUUUGUAGAUAACUCUGGUGCUGAUAUUAUUUUGGGUAUUUUACCAUUUGCAAGGGAGCUUCUUCGGCGUGGGAGUCAGGUUGUAUUAGCUGCAAAUGACUUGCCUUCCAUCAAUGAUGUGACAUAUUCUGAGCUAGUUGAAAUCAUAUCAAAGUUAAAGGACGAUGAAGGAAAACUUGCUGGUGUCAGUACAUCAAACCUUUUAAUUGCUAACUCUGGCAAUGAUUUACCGGUUAUCGAUCUUACAAGAGUAUCACAGGAGCUUGCUUACCUUGCUAGUGAUGCAGAUCUUGUCAUCUUAGAAGGGAUGGGCCGCGGAAUCGAAACAAAUCUGUAUGCUCAAUUUAAAUGUGAUUCCCUUAAGAUUGGAAUGGUAAAACAUCCUGAGGUUGCACAAUUUCUCGGGGGACGCCUAUACGACUGUGUAUUCAAAUACAAUGAAGUUUCAAAUUGA